AUGAAAUCUAGGUCCUUCGCAUGCAAUCUAGAGUUGCUUCGUGGAACCUCUGGCGAAUGUUGUUUUGAAGAGGCUCGAGGCGAUGUUUGGUUUCAGAGUCAAUCAACGUCUCCCAUUGAUGAAGUCAGAUCUGCUCUCGGAUGCGUUUCUAGUCGAUCGGAGCUGCCAUUGGAGGCACUUCUUAUGCGGCGAUAUGCCCUUAGACUCAUGGCCAGAAGUAAACUUCUUCUACCAUAG